UUUGCUUCUAGUCAAGAUUCGCUCAAUGGUUACAGUUGGCCUCUUCUGUUGUGAUCCAUGGACUUGUUGACGGGCCGAUGGAGUGACAGACUUGGGCAUCCAGUGAGAUUGGGUUAAUUCGCAUUUCUUUGAAAUUUGUUGAACCCCUUUUCGCUGGCAUUAGCAUGUUCUUAUGGUUAAUAAUGCCUCUCUUAGUGCCGGUUUAGCCACCCAUCUUCUGACUGUCUCUAUGGAUACUCGGUAGGGGCUGUGUUCCAGUUCAUGAAGCACUCUACAGUGUACUAAUAUGUGAAUUGUCCAUGUGCAUCUCGAUCAUGCAUGUUGCCCCGAAUACUUCAGAGUUUCCCCGAAGCACGAUAUGCUUGCUGUUCUCAACAGCAGACGGAGAAAAUACGUGAUCCAGUAACUCUAUUAACGAUCGACAUCGAAUGGGAGCUGCCAACUCCGUCCACUCAAUUCUGCUGUAUUGUCUGAUCAUCUGUCGUAUUCAAGGAAGAUCACGUUUUAAGCUGCUGUGUUGCUGCGGCUGUCACACUAGUUGUGGUCUCAUCUCAUACUUCUCCCGUCGCCUUUCUUCAUCAGUGAGGUCUUUAUAUUGAGGACAUUAUUGUGAGGCGACUCACAAAAGUCGCUUUAAAAGUCCCGAACGAACUUCAAGUCACUUGAAGAGAGAAUAACAAUACGCGCGAGAUUGAUUUCAGAGAGAUAUCGAUGGCCCGUUUGUCGAACUUGAUGCUGUUAUUGUUGCUCGUGUGGGUUGUCUCUGCCUUCACUCUACUGCCGAUUUCCAGAGGCAUAAGUGUGAGGACUGCUGGGAAAUGGCCCUAUGAUCAUCAUGACCAGAGCGAGAGGACGAAUGCCGAGAAGACAGCGUUGCAGCAGCAGAUGGCUGAUAAAAUAGAUCGUCUGCCAGGUCAGCCACCAGUUGGCUUCGACCAGUACUCUGGCUACGUGACGGUGGAUGCAUUUGCUGGUCGCGCACUCUUCUAUUGGCUCGUGGAGGCUUGGACCGACGCUCCCAAUAAGCCUCUGGUUCUGUGGCUCAACGGAGGUCCUGGCUGUUCCUCAAUUGCCUAUGGGGCUGCUGAGGAACUUGGCCCUUUCCUGAUCGACCCAGAUGCCUCGACUCUUUAUCUCAAUUCAUACUCUUGGAACAGCGAGGCCAAUUUAUUGUUCUUGGAAUCACCGGCGGGAGUUGGAUUCUCGUAUACCAACACGUCUUCGGACCUUAACAAUACUGGAGAUGCUAGUACCGCGAUAGAUGCAAGCAGAUUUCUUAUCAACUGGUUUGAGCGAUUUCCUCAGUACAAGAAUCGACCAUUCUACAUUGCUGGUGAAAGCUACGCAGGGCACUAUGUUCCCCAGUUGGCUCAUGUGCUACACAAUCACCCAGUGACGAAGAAACAUUCCCUCUCGCACAUCAACCUGAAGGGCAUCCUCCUGGGAAAUGCCGAACUGGACAACUACGCGGACAGUGCAGGACAAAUUGAUUACUGGUAUCAUCACGCCAUGAUUUCUUAUGAGACUUAUCUCGGCAUUAAAAAGCACUGUAAAUGGAACCAUGAGUAUUAUACAGAUGAUUGCUACAAUCUGCUGGGUUACGCCCAAGCCUAUGAGAUUGGCAAUAUCGACCUUUACAGUCUGUACACUCCCAAGUGUUUGAACGGGUCAAAUUCGAGAGUGAUCUCGAGACACAAAAGAAGACUCAAAGGGAACGAAUUUGUGAACCAGAUUCCAAAUCAGCUCGAAGAGCCUGCUUAUGACCCCUGCUCUGAGAAUUAUGCCGAAGUGUACUUUAAUCGACCCGACGUUCAAAAAGCUUUGCAUGCCAAUACAACAGGCAUCAGCUAUCGCUGGACUGCUUGCAGUUCAACAUUGUUUGCUCUCUGGCAAGAUACCCCAGAUUCAGUUUUGUGGAUCCUGAAGGAGCUCAUUGCAGCCAAACUGAGAGUGUGGGUAUACAGUGGGGACGCCGAUGGAGUUGUCCCAGUGCAAGGCACGCGAUAUUCACUGAACUCGCUAAAUCUUACCAUCAAAAGUCCCUGGUUUCCUUGGUACAUGCCAAACCAGCAGGUGGGUGGACGGUCUGUCGAGUACGAAGGCUUGACAUUUGUCACAAUCCGAGGAGCAGGGCAUGAAGUUCCUCUCCUCCAUCGAGGACCAUCUUUGGUUUUGUUCCGCAGCUUCCUUUCUGGACAAUCUGUGCCGAGACAGAAACGGACUUAGUAUCUGUCAUACAUGGUUCACAGUGAAGAAUCAUCUAUGUACUGUUUCCCUACACUUAGGAAAUAAAUAAAAAUAAUUUUAUCAUGAUUACC